CGAGAGAGCGAGGGGGAAGGAAGGAGGGAGGGGAGGCGAGAGGAGGGCACGCAGUAAACGACACAUAAUGCACAGCGAGUAACGGGAAUGUAAGCUGUCAGUGUCCUGAGCUGCACACAGAUCUCAUUAAAGGAUGUAUCGACCAUCGCAGCACAGUGUGUGUGGAGCCUGACAUUCCUCGCAGGGCUGUGUGUGAGUGUCCCUCCUGUUUUCUGACCAUUAUCACUGCGCCUGCUUCAUUGGCGAGCGUGUGUUUGGACAUCUAACCCCCCUCCAACCCCCCACUUCCUGAGGCCUGUCGCCACGACAACCAUGGACUGCGGAUUGCGUCUGCCGCCUGUCAUUGAGGAGGUCUUGGAUCCUGCAGAUGAUGUGUGCGACUUGAAAGUGGAGCGGCCAGGUAUAGGCAGCGAAAUGACGGCCAAAGAGCGAGGCUCGCUGGAGGACAACGAGGAGAGAGACCAGGAGGAGGUGGAGGCCGGAAAUGGAGAGAAGGGGCAGGAGGAUGAGCGGGAGAAGACGGAGGUGAAGGAGGAGGAGAAAGAGGGGGCAAGAGAGGAGCAAAGAGGAGUGGAUGAAGAAGAUGAACUAGAGGUGCUGAGGUCGCAGGUGGUGCAGCUGCUCCUGGAGCUGGAGGAGACCAGAGAGGUGUCGCAACGACACGAGGAGAGCUACAACGAGCUUCAGGGUCUUUUGGAGGAAGAGCGGCUGUCAAGCGCCCACCAGGCCGAGAGCUUUACGAGACAGAUCCAGAGACUUCAAGCCCAGCUGCGUUCAGUGCAAGAGGAGCUGGACAGUCUUGAGGAGGAGAAGGCCAGUGAGCUGUGGGAGGCGCAGGAGGAGCUGCAUGCGGCACAGGAGGAGGUGCAGGAGCUGCAGCAGGCGGCGGAGGAGGCGGCAGCUGAGCGAGAGAAUGACAUCGCCCUGCUGCAGGAGGAACUGUGCCGUCUGCGCGCCACGCUGGAGCGUCUGCGGGGCACCACGCAGGAGUACGAGCUAGAGCUGACCACACUGCGGGCCGAAAUCAGCAUGAAGAACCAGUGCAGAGAAGAGCAGGAGAAAGCAGGAGGAGAAGGUGACAUGGACCAGCUGAUGGAGGAGUGUCGCUGCUUGAAGGACGAGUGUCAGACUCUGAAGAACGACAACAAGCAGCUCUCUGAGAAACUGGAGAUGUUGGAGCAGCAGCGAGCCAGCUCAGCUGAUUCAUGCCUGGCCCUCAAAGCAGAGCAGAAUGAUGGAGAAAAUGACACAGAAAAAGAUGUAGAGAAAGAGGUGAUGGCCGAGGGUUUCGUCAGCACGUUGGAAGUAGGAGGUGGGAAUCCGGUGGAUGCUUACACCCAAAAGAACAUCUCCUUUGAGGGGAAACCCAUCACCCCGAUGGGGAUGAGUGGAGGGUUUUCGGAGGUGUUCUCCCUCAGAGACCAGCUGAAACAGGCCGAGGAGAAAGCAUCACAGGUCCAGAGAGAGUGUGAGGGACUAAAGGGAGAGCUUAUGGAACUGCAGGGGCUGUAUGAGAGCAGCCAGAGGGAGAGGGCGGAGCUAGAGGCGGAGCUGCAGCAUUGUAGGGCGGAGCUUGAUCGGCUGGCUGGGAGGAAGGCUCAGGAGAGUGAGGGAGACUGGAACCUGGUGAUGGUUGUUGCAGUGGCAGCAGCAGCAGUUCUACUCAUUCCCUGUUUCACCAGAGCUCUGGCCUGAGCGCUGGACAGGAAGUGACCUCAUCGUCCCACUCUGCCCAUGGUACACAAUUCUAUCACCCUGACCACACUUAACCACCAAUGGGAACCGAAAACCACCACUCACCUGGGAACACAAUAACACAUGGCUUCCAAACUUGACGCUUUUGGGUGUGCAUCGUGAUGCUGGUUGUUUGCCGUCUCAACUGCUUUGCUCUGCUUUUGUAGACAAUCAUAUCCGUUUCGACCAGCAGUGCUACAGACACUGACGCCAUGCUGUGAGUAUUUAAACGGUCAGAAUGGACGACGACUCUGAGAGCUUCUGAUUGGUCUGGCUCCCUGCUUUCCAUUUCAUCAGUUGUUUUCUUUCCCAAAACUAUUUGCCUUAUCACUUUUCGAUAGAAAAUUUGCACAUUUUACCUCUAUAAACAGAUUCCCGAUCGCUUGGGGACCGAAGAGGACGCCGUUCUUCAUCAACAAUGCUUUGGAUGCAGCAUAUUGCUUUGUGCUUCAUUGCUUUUGGAAUAGGUAGGAGCAUGCAGUACUUAUUUAAUCUUCCUGAAUCUUCCCAUGUUGAAUAAUUACUUACCAAAGUCUCAAUAUUGUCAGAAUCAUUUGUGUUUAGGUUCAAUAACUGAGAACUUCUUUCACUUUCGAGCACGUUCUCUUUGGUUUCAAAAACUCUGUAGGUAUCUGUACAGUACUUCUCUAUAUACUAGCAAAGGAGAAUACUCAUGUAAUGCAUACUAUUUGUCAUUUUUACAUUAAUUUUGGUGAAAAAAUUCAGAGUUUGAAGAUUCCAGGUGGGUUAAGGUUAUUCUAGCAAGUAAAUGUGCUUAUUUUAAACUUACACAGAUAUUUUUGUAUCUGAAUUGUUUAUUCCAAGACAUGAAAUUUGUAGAUUGAUUUUAUGUGUGUAGAUUGAUAAAUUAUGCUAAAGAGUGAUAGAUAUUUUUAUAGAAGGGUUGGCUAAUGCAUACACUAAAAGAACACUAAAAUAAGUGUAAUGAACAAGCACAGUUCUACUGUAAUUCCACUGAUGUUGCAUUGAUAAUUUCAUCUGAGGUUAUUUGCCGUUUUUUUUUUUUUUUUUUUGCAUGUUUGCAAUGACAAAACACAGCUGACAUAUAUAUCUAUACAAUCUCUUCUCUGCAAGGAAACUGACAAGAGUUUGAAAGGUUUUACAUUUGUACAAAAUGUCAUGAAAAAGUGGUUCUCAACUGGUGUCUGGACCCAAAAAUGAGAUGCAGGUUGUUUAUUUUAGGAAAAACUGUCCUAAAAUAAAGUUAAAAUACUGUAGCAAAAAUAAAAAGCUUAUAAAAAUGCAAAAUAAGACCUGGAAUGCUUUCCAUAUCAUUUGUAGUGAGUAAAUCUUCCCAAAUCCUAUCAUGCAUAUCAUUGGACCUAUGCAGUUCAUGCUAAUAUUAAUAAAUGUUAAUGAUUUACCUUUUUUUUUAAAAAUACAAAAACUAUUUUAGUAAUGUAUUUGGUAUCAGUGUAAAAACCAGCUGAGAACUACUAUCAUAAACCCUUACAGAACACCGUGACAGAUGUUUCUUACAAUGCAAUUCAAAUCUGUAGCAUAAAUAACAUAAAUAGCAUGAAUUGAGUAGCUAGCUAACAAGAGUGAAACUUCCAUACUGCCUUUCACCCAAAAAAGUUAUAAUGAUAAGAAACUUGUCUUAAAUGAUGUAUAUUUCACUAAAGACGUUUAAAACUGAGAAAUAUGUACUUAUAUGUAGCUUUUUACAUCAGAGGUCACAAUUUUGAGGUCUUUGGGUGGAUGGGGAUUAUUACAGAUGUACCUUCCUGUAUGAAGAUUAAUAAUACUGUCACUGAACUCAUAUCCAUCAUGUAAUUAUUCUGGUAAAUGAAUGCUUUGAGCCUCGAGGUACUAUUGGUACGAACAGAAUCUAUGACUUUAUACUAACAGUAUCUAUUGCUAUAUAACCGUUUCUGGUAUACACGCAAGUUGUCUUCACCUGAUGUCUUUUAGUGUCAUUUUCAACAAACAGCACAAAGUAGACUUCUUAUCAAAGUGACUAAAUCAUAGUAGACAUAUUUGCUUGCAGGCAGCUGACUAGCGUUGUGGCAGUUAUCUUUGUAGUGUGGUUUUAAGACCUGGCAUUAGUUGUUAGUCUCAGUGUUUGGGAAUAUCUGCAGUAUCCCAAGGUCGUUCCAGUGCCGUUUUCUGCUAUCCUGUUGAUAGACUCAGAACUCCGUGGUAGCACAACUGAAUGUUCAAUGUAUCAGUGGUCAGCUGACUUUCUGUAAGACAGUGCAUGCUACACAGUGAUUUGUCUUUGAAAUAAACGUGCUAUUUGCCCUGUACUGCAUUGGAAGGUUUGUUACUUUGAUGAAAUGGAAUUUGUAAACGUGUUUCACAUCAGAAGGAGCAAAUUUAUUUUUCUCUUCCACUCAGCACUUGUAAAUGAUGUAAUAUGUACAGAUUGUUUAUUUUUGCAUGUCUGUGGCAGUAGAUUGUGCAUGCCGAGUGAUAGAAACCAGUGGUAGAUUUUAGCUCCUGUGACAAUUUCGUACGAUUAGACUUUGCAUGAUUUGUCCAACUCCAAGUUUAU